AUACGCAAGGGCUUGUCCUUGGGCUUUCCGUGGGCACAGCAGCGUCAGCCACGCUUGCAGGGGCCCAAGAGGGCGGCCUCCCUCCCCAGGAUCCCCAAGGCUGGGAGGCCAACGCGCCGUCAGGGUGGGUGUGGCGUGUGGUCUCAUUCGGCCCUUCUCUUGGGGCUCUGCUGAGCUCCAUUCACACCACAGAGGGAGCGGGAGAAAGAGGACAAGUGGAUCCCACAGCCUCCACUCCAGGGGCGUAAGGGCAUCGCCUCCUUUUCUUGGAGGACACUCCCUCCUGGUGGUGAAUGGGAACUCCCUUCCUCCUGCCGCAGCCUGCCUGCAGCGGUCCCGGUUGGACAGUGUGGACGCUUCAGAGCUGUCACUGCCCGGAAAGAAAGCACCCCAGAGCCACGGCAAAGAGUCUUGAAAGCGCCACAAGCAGCAGCUGCUGAGCCAUGGCUGAAGGGGAGAUCACGACCUUCACGGCCCUGACGGAGAAGUUUAAUCUGCCUCCAGGAAACUACAAGAAGCCCAAGCUCCUCUACUGUAGCAACGGGGGCCACUUCCUGAGGAUCCUUCCAGAUGGCACAGUGGAUGGGACAAGAGACAGGAGUGACCAGCACAUUCAGCUGCAGCUCAGUGCGGAAAGCGUGGGGGAGGUGUACAUCAAGAGCACCCAGACUGGCCAGUACUUGGCCAUGGACACUGACGGGCUUUUAUACGGCUCACAAACACCAAAUGAGGAAUGUUUGUUCCUGGAAAGGCUGGAGGAAAACCAUUACAACACCUACAUAUCCAAGAAGCACGCAGAGAAGAAUUGGUUUGUUGGCCUCAAGAAGAAUGGAAGUUGCAAACGUGGCCCCCGGACUCACUAUGGCCAGAAAGCAAUCUUGUUUCUCCCCCUGCCAGUCUCCUCUGAUUAAAAAAAAUCUCUUCUGGGUGCCGAUCGCUCCAGAGGAGCCUCAAGGGGUCCUCACCUGGUUGACCCAAAAAUGCUCCCUUGACCAUUGGCUGCGCAAACCCCCAGCCCACAGAGCCUGAAUUUGUAAGCAACGCGCUUCUAAAUGCCCAGUCCUCUUUUUUGCACAGCCCUUCACCCCAGCACAGUUUGGAACAGAGGGACCAAAUUGCUUCUAGGGGCCAAUUGGCUGGGCAGUCUGGGUCUGGGUUUGGAUGUCCAGUUGCCUCUGGGCACCUGGGACAGGCUGAGCCCCUCAGCGCAAAGGUGGGGCCAAAGGAAGUGCGUUCAGGGGACUGCCCAGUGGGUCAUUAUAACUGCGCACCAUUUCCUUCUGCUGAGUAAACCCGUCUGCAAUUCCCCC